AUGUCUGAGCCCGUACUACGCAGAAGCGGCCGUAACUCCGCGAAAAAAAUCGUCCCCUUACCCCCCUCUCCUGCCUCGGAAUGCAAGAAGCGCGCAUCCACCGAGCCGAAGAAUUCUACAGCCAAGAAGAUCAAAACCGCUACCGAGAGCACCGCGAAAGCUGCUCUCACCAAACCCGUGGAAGUUGCCUCGUCUUCCAGGGCUACAGCAAGCCCUGAGGAGGUCGAAAAAGCUGAGAAGCCUGCAAAGGCUACUUCUAAAUCUGUUGCAAAAACUACUGCCAAACCGACGGCGGUGAAGUCUGUCGCAAACCCCGCCAAGACAAGAAAGGCUGAUGAAAUGUCAGAAGGGCUAAAGGACGGUGAUUUGGUGCCAACCGAUCUUCCUGAAAUUCAAACCGAGGAUGGUAGUAAGACCACAAUAGAAAGCCUGCUUAAGAGUGCACAGAAGGGAAUCAUUAUUUUUGCCUAUCCUAGAGCCUCUACUCCGGGCUGUAUUGCCCAGGCAUGUCUUUUCAGGGAUAGCUUCACCGCGUUUUCGGAUGCUGGCUAUACCGUUUAUGGGCUUUCUGGUGACAGCCCAGCAGCAAACGAAAAGUUCAAGUCUAAGCAAAGUCUCACAUACACCCUGCUUUGUGACCCGACCUAUGAGCUUCACGAAAAGCUUGCUAUCAAGAAAAAGCCUAAGGGAACAAUCCGAAGCGUCGUUAUUAUUGAGAAGAUAUCAGAGGAUGGGCAUACAGGAAAGGUUCUUCGAAUUUCUCCAGCUAGUCCGCAAAUCAGCCUUCAAAUUGCGAAAGAAGCGCAAUGA